CUGUACCUGGAACUUGAUAAACUUCAUCAGCCCCUUUUUCAUCUUCUCCGUCCUCAUCGUACUCAUUAUCUUCUCCCUCCCCGUCGCAGUAUAUAAACUUAGAAUCCAAGUUGAUCAAGUCUCUUUAUAAGUUUCAUUCUUAAUCAGUGUAAAACAUCAACAACAAUUAAAUUUCAUUUCUUCCAACAGCAACAAUCAAACAACAAGUCAACAAAAUGUGGGCCCGUAAGGAAUAUAUGUUUUUAAUUGUUUCAUCAAUUAUGACAAUCGCUCUAUCGGCUAAUUCACCAGCCACCAAUCCAAAUGGAUCCAACCGACAGGCCGGAUCAGCGACCGGAAUCGUUAGUUUAAUCUCAUCGAUGAUUCCUGGAGCGAUUGGAAAUGUUUUACCGAUGGUUUUACUUUUCGGUUUGGGUGCACUUAUGGUUCCCGCUCUUGGUUUAGGCCUUUUACUCAGGGAGGGAAGACGAAGUGAACCUUAUUAUCAAUACAGAUCAUUCCCUUCAUUUAAGAUCAACACCGCUGCCAUUAUUGAUGGUGCUUCUGAUGUACUCGAAAGAGUAAUGAAAGCCUUGGAUAAUGUUGAUAAUAAAUACAAUUAAAUUUAAUCACCAUAAUCACCUUUAAACCGAUUGCGAGCUUUCAAUAAUAA